AAUGUGAAUAGGAUAUACAAAAGCAUUUUUUUGUCUAUAAAUAACUUCAUGCAAGAAUGAACUAAUGCAUGCAAUCACAACAAAACACCAAGCUAGCUUUAUAAAACUGUUCGUAGCUGCUUCUUUCUAUUCAUUCAAGCAAUAUGGCUUAUGCUAAACUCCCUCUUUUGGUCCUUUUCUUGCUUGCCACAUUCUUUGCUGUGUUUCCUAUGAAGAAGGUAGAAGCUUGUGAAAGUCAUCUUUGUUGGGCAUGGCAACCGGAUAAAGUAUGUUACAGUGGGUCAGAACGUGAACCGGGUUGUUACUGCCACCCCGAAACAUUUCUGAAUGGAUUUUGCAGAGAUUACAUAUCUGAACAUGAUAUGAUGAAGAAGAUGGAGGAAGAUCCUAACUUAUGCCAGUCUCAUGCCGACUGCAAGAAGAAAGGAAGUGGAAGCUUUUGCGCUCGUAAUCCAAACACAGAUAUUAAAUAUGGCUGGUGUUUUCUCUCUGGAUCUCAUGCACAAACUGCAUUCAGGAAUGCCCUUAACUCUGAAUUCGAAAACCUAUCCUUGAAGAUGCCCUCAGAAGUUUCCACUUAAUAUGUCCAACAAAAACCAUCCAUGCAUGAUCAUGCAUCUACUACUUAAAUAAAAUUGCUCCAUUUGUCUUCCUUUCCAUUUUGGUUUGGAUUUGAAAAACAAUAUAUUAUAUGUGCAUGUGUGUGGGUAUAUGUAUGAUAUUGUUAUGUAAGAACUUUAUGUAUCGUUAACAAAUAAAGAGAUUUACUCUACUAAUAGAACUACAUAUAUUUGCAUA